GAAAGGCAGUCCGUGAUAGGAGUGGACCAGAGACUGCUAAGGGGAGAUACUCAGGGGUUUGUUGGGGGAGGCACAUUCUGUUUUUGUUCAGGGGACGAAUUGAGGUCUCCCGGGGGAAGGGGAACAGUAAUCCGGGAUUUGAGGGGAGCUGUUCUAGGGUCGGCCGAAAGGGUCAGGCUGAAAUUCUUAGAAGGCCUAGUUGGGCCUGAGAGGACUGGAGGGAACAGGAAUCUGAUGAAGAGGAUAACGUGCGAAUAUACCCAGAGGUGACACCUGGAACUUCUGCCCUCAAGGUCUAGUGUACUAAUGUGUGCAUAAAGGGAAACAAGAGAGUGCAAAAGAUGGAAGGUCAAGGAUGCAGUCCAAGAAAGUUCUAAAAAUAUAUCAUCAGGUCCAACCUGGUAGUUAACCUAGCUAUGAAAAGCCUCCUUGGAUCCUCACUGGGUCAGACCAUACUGGCAUUCUUAAAAACUCUUCCCAUUAAAAAGUGUCAAGAAUGAAAAUAUAAGGUAUAUACCUACCACUUCAAGAAAGUUCCUACCAGCCAACAGUCUAGCACAUUAGCUUGCUGCUUUGAUCAUCAAACAGACAUACUCAAGCUCAACACAGCAAAGGAAAAUGUCUCUGUAUCAAUAUUUUUCACAUUCUGUGUGUGACCCAUCAGUAGGUCAUGAAAUCAGUUCUGUGAGUCAAAAAAUUUUUUAAAACAAAAUAAAAUAGAAAGUAUCAGGUGCUUUGCCUGACUCCUCUGCAAGAAUUUUGCUGCAAGAAAUACUAAGGUCAAUUUCAGUAUGUGAAAAGAUAAUUAAUGGAGGGCAUAUAAUGAAUAGAAUGUAUACUGACUUAAGACAUGGUUUUUCAAUCCUUUGCCCACUGGUGUCUUGUUUGGUUUUCAUAAUAAAGUUGGUGAGCAGUCUAGUUUUAUGUUACCAUGACUUGCAACUAGAUGUGAAUUCUGAGAUGUUCAACUGAGAUGCAUUUGCAAACUGCAUUUUUAGAAAGAUGUUAUCUAGGCUAUAUUUAUAUGUAUACAUAUAUAUAUAUAUAUUUUUUUUUUUUGGUUAAUGGCAGUUAAAACAUUUUAAUCAAAAUUACUUUUAAAAUGGAUCAUAUCUUUUUUAAAAGAAAGAGGAAAAAUGAAGUGAAAUAUGCAGAAGCAUGUUCAAGUUCAUCUGCUGUAUCUGGAAAUGUGAAUAGUGACAAUACUGAGAAAAAUAGUGACUCUGAUUUGCAAUCUUCAGCUUCGUUUGAGACACAUUUCAAAAAGAAAAAAGUAAGUGCAAGACGUUACAAUGAAGAUUAUUUAAAAUAUGGUUUUAUCAAAUGUGAAAAACCCUUUGAAAAUGACCGACCUCAGUGUGUUAUUUGUAAUAAUAUUCUUGCAAAUGAAAGCUUAAAACCUUCAAAAUUAAAAAGACACUUAGAAACUCAGCAUGCUGAACUUAUUGGUAAGCCUCUUGAAUAUUUUCAAAGAAAGAAAAAAGAUGUAAAGUCGUCAACACAAUUUCUUGGUGGUUCUACCGCCAUUAGUGAGAAAGCCUUAUUAUCAUCAUACUUAGUUGCAUAUCGGGUAGCAAAAGAGAAAAUGGCUCACACAGCUGCUGAAAAAAUAAUUCUUCCAGCAUGUUUGGAUAUGGUACGUACAAUUUUUGAUGACAAAUCAGCUGAUAAAUUGAAAACGAUAUCUAGUGAUAACACAAUAUCUCUUCGCAUUUGUACUAUUGCGGAACAUUUAGAAACAAUGCUUCUAGCUCGGUUGCAGUCUGGUAUAGAUUUUGCAAUUCAGCUUGAUGAAAGCACUGAUAUGGGGAGCUGCACAACAAUCUUAGUUUAUGUCAGAUAUGCGUGGCAAGAUGAUUUUAUGGAGGAUUUUUUGUGUUGUUUAAAUAUAACCUCACAUCUAAGUGGAUUAGAUAUUUUUACAGAAUUAGAAAAGUGCAUUGUUGGUCAAUAUAAAUUAAACUGGAAAAACUGCAAAGGAAUUACAAGUGAUGGAGCAGCAAGCAUAACGGGAAAACAUAGCAGAGUAAUUAAAAAAUUGCUAGAAGUUACUAAUAAUGGUACUGUGUGGAAUCAUUGUUUUAUACAUCGUGAAGCUUUAGCAUCCAGAGAAAUCCCACAGAAUCUCAUGGAAGUAUUGAAAAAUGCAGUGAAAGUGGUUAACUUUAUUAAAGGAAGCUCACUAAAUAACCAGCUUCUUGAAACAUUUUGUUCAGAGAUUGGAACUAAUCAUACCCACUUACUAUAUCAUACCAAAGUCCGUUGGUUGUCUCACGGGAAAAUACUAAGCAGGGUUUAUGAACUCAGGAAUGAGAUUCACAUUUUUCUUACUGAAAAAAAAUCUCAUUUGGCAAGUAUUUUUGAAGAUGAUAUUUGGGUAAUGAAAUUGGCAUAUUUAACUGAUAUUUUUGGCAUUCUUAAUGAACUGAGUUUAAAACUACAGGGGAAAAAUAGUGAUAUAUUCCAACAUGUCGAACGUAUCCAGGGAUUCCGAAAGACAUUAUUGUUAUGGCAAGCGAGGCUGAAAAGCAACCGUCCUAGCUACUACAUGUUUCCAAGAUUUUUGCAACAUAUUGAAGAGAAUAUUAUUAGUGAAAACAUUUUGAAAGAAAUAAAAUUAGAGAUAUUGUUGCAUCUCACUUCUCUGUCUCAAACUUUUAACCAUUUCUUCUCAGAAGAGAAAUUUAAAAUAUUAAGAGAAAAUUGCUGGGUAAAAGACCCAUUUGCUUUUCGAAACCCAGAAUCAAUAAUUGAGUUAAACUUGGUGCCUGAAGAAGAGAGUGAAUUAUUGCAGCUCAGUUCUUCAUAUACAUUGAAGAGCGAUUAUGAAACAUUAAGUUUAUCAGCAUUUUGGAUUAAGGUGAAGGAAGACUUUCCUCUGCUAAGUAGAAAGAGUGUCCCACUAUUACUACCAUUCACAACAACUAGCUUGUGUGAGCUAGGGUUUUCAGUCUUAACCCAGUUAAAACCAAAGGAAAGAAAUGGGUUGAAUGGUGCGGCAGGUAUGCGGGUAGCCUUGUCCUCCUGUGGUCCAGACUGGGAUGAACUUAUGAACAGGCAAGCACACCCAUCACAUUAAAUAAAUCUUACCUGGUUUUUGUUUUUGUGUUUCUUAUUUUGUGACAUUUUCCUACGUUGUAUUUAGAGGUUAAUAUAGCAUUGUAUGAGAUAACUUUGUUUUUAUUUUUGUUACAUUUAAAUAUUAAUAAAAUCAUAAUGUAACUUUACAUUCAUUGAACAAAAAUUCAGUGAACUUCUCUUAGAGUCCAGGAACUGUUUUAGAGACAUUUGAGAUACAAAAUGAAGAAAGCAAAGAUCAUUCUAUAGUGGAACUUAUGUUCUAGCAGGGAGAGAGAGACCAUAAAUAAGACUUAUAAUAUUUCAAAGAUAAGUGCUAUAGAAAGAGUAAUAAGAAAGGUCAGGAAACUAUUUGAGGACCAAAUCAUGAGGGGCUCAGUAGACCAUCAUAGGACCUCUGGGUUUUUGUCAGUGAAAUGGAGAGCAAUUGAAGGGUUAUGCAGAGGAAAUACAUUAACUGAAUUAGGUCUUAAAAGACACUCCAGGAGUGCCUGGGUGGCUCAGUCGGUUAAGCAUUCGACUCUUGAUUUCAGCUCAGGUCGUAAUCUCAAGAGUUGUGAGACCAAACCCCACACUGGGCUCUGUGCUCCUCAUGGAGUUUGCUUGAGAGUCUCUUUCCCUCUGCCUCUGCGUGUGCACUCCCCCCCCCCCCCCCCGUGCACUCUCUCUCUCUCAAAAUAAAUAAAUAAAAUCUUAAAAAAAAAAAAAAAAGACUCACUCCAUGGGUGCCUGACUGGCCCAGUCCAUGAAGCAUCUGACUCUCGAUCUCAGGGUUGUGAGUUUGAACCCCUCGUUGGGUGAAAAGAUUACUUAAAAAUAAAUAAAUAGACGCACUGACUGAUAUUUUGAGAAUAAAUUGAAGUAAAUGCUACUUCCCUAAAGAUUUUCCUAACCACCGUAGGUUUUUUUUCCCCAUUAUUCCCUUUAUUUCUUUGUAGUAUAUCAUUUGUAAUAUUUUAAUUAUUUGAUUACUAGUUCUGUCAGUCUGCCACCUUAGGAUGAGUGCUCCACAGGAGCAGAGUUCAUGUCCAUUUUGUAUGAUACAUAGUAAGUGGGUAUUCAGUAUACAUUUGAUUAACAAAUAAUGGACUCUAACAUCUGAACUUGAGGUCAUAUUCUCAGGAAUAAUUAUUAAAUGUGUGGCAAAGCCUUUUUUACAUUUUAAAAAUCUGAUUUUGUUAGAUAACCUCUGUAAGUAUCCGAAUAUGCACUGGUUGAUACAGCUUCCUCGUAUUGUUGCUGAUAAUUAAGCAACUUAAAUUGCUUAAUAUGUCUUUCUCAAACUAAUUUCAACUUCUGCCUUUAUGUAUUCACUGACUCCAAUGAGUGAUUUUUUUUUAAGUGAUGUUUCUUUUGGCAAGGGCUUUCUCUAAAAUCAUAAAGGUUAGCAAUUCUUUUCCAUCAGCCACCACACUUAGCAUUAUUGUAAUACUUGAUUUUCCAUAUUUUGUAUUCUGUUGAAGGUAAUCACU